CUUGUAGCCAUUCGGGGUUACUUGAAGAAGGGAAGAAGUAUUUUCAAUUGAUGAGAAGAGAGUUGCGGAUUGCACCAAAACUAAGUAAUUAUGCAUGUAUGGUGGAUCUUCUUGGUCGUGCAGGAGAACUUUCUGAAGCAGAAGAGCUCAUAGAAUCUAUGCCAGUGAGACCUGAUACAAGUAUAUGGGGGUCUUUGCUCGGAGCAUGCCGAGUUCAUAGUAAUCUAGAUUUAGCUGAAAGAAUUGCAGAUCAUAUUUUUCAGCUGGACCCCUUUCAUGCUGGCUAUCAUGUCCUACUCUCCAACAUUUAUGCUGCCAAAUCUAGGUGGAAUGAUGUCGAGAAGGUUAGGAUGAUGAUGACUAGAAGAGGUGCCAAUAAAGUUCAGGGAAUCAGUUUGAUAGAGCUAAACAAUCUGGUUCACAAAUUCGGAGUUGGCGAUAGAUCACAUCCUCAAUCAGAGAAGAUUUAUGCUCUCCUUGAGGAGUUGGCGGGUCCAAUGAAACGCCUGGGUUAUGUCCCCUUGACAGAUUUUGUUCUUCAUGACAUUGAAGAUGAGGCAAAAGAAGUGGCACUUUCCUACCAUAGUGAGAGGCUGGCAAUUGCAUUUGGUCUCAUCAAUACUAGUCCAGGGACUACUCUUCGAAUUACAAAGAAUCUAAGGAUCUGUGGAGACUGUCAUAAUGCGAUUAAGUUCAUCUCAAGGAUUGUGAAUCGAGUCAUCAUUGUCAGGGACAUGCACCGGUUUCACCAUUUUGAAAAUGGAGUUUGUUCUUGUGGUGACUACUGGUAA